UCCCUCACGUGCCCCGUCAAACAUUAACAGCCCCUCGGCAGGGCAGGCGGCGGGGCCGGCGGCAGCACCCAGCCACCAUGGCGCUCAGCACCCGCCUCGUCUCACCCCUCCGGCCUGCCCUGGCAGCUCUGCGCCGGGCAGCCCCUGGGCAGCGCCGGGGGCUCAGCACCCAGCCGGGACCAGUGCACACACUGAACCUCAGGGGCAUAUUCCCGCCCCUCACCACCCCGUUCUCGGCCACACAGGAGGUGGACUAUGCCCGGCUGGAGGGAAACUUGUGCGGCUAUGCCAGCAUCCCCUUCCGAGGGCUGGUGGUGCUGGGCUCCAAUGGGGAGUACCCCUACCUGUCACUCCGCGAGCGGCUGGAGCUGGUGAGCUGCGUGCGCCGGGCUCUGCCCAGGGACCGCCUGCUGCUGGCCGGCUCAGGCUGCGAAUCCACCCAGGCCACCAUCGAGCUGACGGUCAGCAUGGCAGAGGCGGGGGCUGAUGUGGCACUGGUCGUGACGCCCUGCUACUACCGGGGGGCCAUGACCAGCGCUGCCCUGGUGCAGCACUACACAGAGGUUGCUGACGCAUCCCCCAUCCCUGUGGUGCUCUACAGCGUCCCCGCCAACACCGGCCUGGACCUGCCCCUGGAGGCUGUCCUCACCCUGGCUCAGCACCCCAACAUCCUUGGGAUCAAGGACAGCGGUGGGGACAUCACUCGCAUGGGGCUGAUGGUUCACAAGACACGGCAGGAGGAUUUCCAGGUGCUGGCGGGAUCAGCCGGCUUCCUGCUGGCGAGCUACGCCCUGGGUGCCUCUGGGGGGGUCUGUGCCCUUGCCAACGUCCUGGGGGCCGCGUUGUGCCAGCUGGACGGCCUGUGCCGUGAGGGGCGCUGGCAGGAGGCCCGCGACCUGCAGCACCGGCUCAUCGAGCCCAACCUGGCGGUCACCCGCCGGUUUGGGAUCCCGGGACUGAAGAAGGCCAUGGAGUGGUUCGGCUACUAUGGGGGUCCCUGCCGUGCACCCCUGGCCCCGCUGAGCUCCCCCCAGGUUGAGGAGCUGAGGGGCAUCUUCAGUGCCAAUGGCUGGUUGUGAGGGUUCCCCCCCGCCCCUUCCCGCACUGGAAAGGCGUGGGAGCCAGGGACCCCGGGAGCUGGGGCUGUGGUGGGGACACUGGGACGUGGCCAGGAGAAAGCCACCCAUCUCACUCCUUCCUGCUGGACAGGGCUGCCCUGGGCAGAGUGGGUAUGGGGGACACCCAGCACCCCCUGGCCACCCUUGCAUCCCUGCCAGCCCCUGGGGUCCUGCCGUCCCCGCCUGGGAAGGGAUGGAUCCCUGUGCCGUGAGCUGGGAAUAAACCUGCUGUCCCCGC